AUGCAUCUUCCAACAAACAAACUCCAGCUCCGCCCUAAACUUACCAACGUUCUUCAACACUCAAGCAAGACUUCCACUUCCAAGAACCCCGAGGCUCCAACUCCAACCAAGACAGAUAGCGUUAUUAACACCAAAGACAAGCGCAACAUCAAGAUCGGCAUUGCUGCACUCCGUACUGUCAGCAAAUGGACCGAUAAAGCUGCACUGACGCUCGAGAAGCUCGAGGGCCAAGAGGCGUCGAAGCACUGUCAAGAUCGCCAGGCGCGCUUGAUGGCUCAAGAUAACAGUAAAUCAUACGGAAAACAUUCCCAAGAUACCGGGGUAUGGAGAGAGACUGUGGUAUACCCGAUACCUGCCCAGGCUGGGAGUUCUAGGGGGAUCGAAGCACACGAACAGCCAAGAGUAUACGGAGCAGCAGCACCCUCCAGUACGGGAGAAAGUCACAUGACGGCCAGCACUGUGGAGGUACCGCUCGCCCAGACUCAUCAUGCGCAUGUCUUGGCUUCCGUGGAGGAGUACUAUGACGAAAGUAGUGAUGAGGAAGACGAAGGCAACACCUCUAGGCAGAUCGGUCUCAACAGCUCCACAGACGUUGACGCAGAUGACAUUAUCGAUGAGGAAGAUACUUCCGAUGAUUCUAGCGAUGAUGAGAAGGAGGAUGACAGCGACAACGACAAGGAAAGCGACGAAGACAGCGAUGACGACUCGGAUAGCGAGGCGCAUGAUAGCUCUGAUGAUGAUGAUGAUGCUAAGGAUUCGGACGAGGAGGAAAUGGAGACAAAGCAUCCGCCGAUCGAGUAUGCUAAGAAGUGA